AUCCUUUUCCGCAAUCGUCAUCGCCGCAAACUCUCUGCUGCGUCGCUUUCUCUUCCGCUCGCCCGAUGGCUUAAAUUGCUCUCGAAAUUGGAGACUACCACUUGCUGCUGGUUGAGGCGAUCUGCGUGGGAAUCUCUCGUUCCCACUCUGUGAGCUAAGACGGAUCGGCGUGCGGCGCGGACUAUACUUAUCGCCGAGCUUUCUUGUUUCUUCAAUUCGCAGGUGACAGGGGUGAUGUGAUUGCAGCGUUUUCGAGAGAUUUAUUGUUUCUUGGAUUCGUAGCAAACUGACCUCGGUGACGGGGUGAUGGUUGGGUUCGUUCUCUCUCCCGUUUUACUAUGCGACAGCAAUUUGGUAUUUUGGUUGAGCUGGUAGGAUUCGUUCUCUCUCGUUUUGCUAUGCGAUAGCAAUUUGGUAUUUGGUUGAGCUGGGAUGAUGUGAUUGCAGCGUUUCAGCACCGCGGUUUUUCUCCUAUUGUGUUGGCGGUUUCUUUCGUAUUCUUCCCUCUGGCUUGCAGAUAACUGUUUUUCCCUGUACAUGCUCAUUGCUGGAAGAAUAAAGCUGCUUCUGUGGAAAAGAUUGUCUCAUGAGUGCAUCGAUGUGCAGGAACUGAAAAGGAAAAUUGGCUUCAUAGAAUUUCCAAGUAAAAUCUUAUGGACGACUUACCGCUUACUGAUUAUGAAGGGGGUGGGAGCCCAAUUCCUAAUGAUCCAUUUGGGCUCUUCUUCCUCAUGAAUUUUGAUGGUUAUAGUGAAGCAUGUAGUCCAACAAUUGUAGAUCAAAUUGUAUCUACUUUAAGUUUUCCAGCUGCUCAACAAGAAUCUGGUUUGUGGGCUUCCUUGUCAUCACCAAGGGUCUCUACUCAAAUGACAAAUGCUGUUCUUGGAGUUAAUAGCAACAUGGGUGAUACUAAUCAUACCCACAGGGAUAAUAAACUAUUUUCUAGAUUGAGGCAAGGGUCUUCAUCAGAUUGCCCCGGAAUGGAUGUUAGCAGUAGGAGUGCUAGUUAUUCUGCUUUUGAUUCCAAGUCAAACGAAGUGGUGCUUCAUGUUCCUCCAUCCCUCCAAGUGAUUUCUCUUGAAGAAAGAAUGCUUAAGGCUCUAUCCUUGGUUAGGGAAUCAUCAUGUGGUGGAAUUCUCGCCCAGGUUUGGAUGCCCAUUAAUCACGGUGAGCAAUAUGUGUUAAGUACAUCUGAGCAACCUUUUCUCCUAGACAAUAGUCUUGCUGGGUACCGCGAAGUUUCAAGGCAUUUUACCUUCUCAUCUAGGGAAGCCCCUGGUUUAUUCACUGGGCUUCCUGGGCGUGUCUAUGUCUCUGGAAGGCCAGAGUGGACCUCAAAUGUCAUCUAUUAUAGAAACUUUGAGUACUUGAGGAUGGACCAUGCAGUCAAUCACAAGGUAUGUGGUUCUCUUGCUGUUCCAAUUUUUGACGCUGAUGUAGAUUCAUGUCGUGCAGUGCUUGAGCUUGUUACAACAAAUGAAAAAUGCAAUUUUGAUACAGAGAUGGAAACAAUUUCUGAAGCUCUUGAGGCAGUGAACUUGAGGUCCACAAAAGUACAGGCUUCCCUACAGAAUCUCACAAAGAGCCAACUUUCUGCAUUCUCAGAGAUUCUUGAUGUAUUGAGAUAUUUAUGUCAUGCAUACAUGUUACCGCUGGCACUUUCAUGGGUUCCUAUAAGACCUGAUGGUAACCAUUUAAGUAGGCCUAUCCUUUGCAUCCAAGAAUCAGCUUGCUAUGUUCACGAUACACGAAUGCAAGGUUUUCUUCAUGCAUGCGCUGAACAUAGCCUUGAGACUGAACAAGGCAUUGCUGGGAAGGCUCUUCAAUCAAAUCAUCCAUUCUUCUCCCCUGAUGUAAAGGAGUAUGACAUUCAAGAAUAUCCACUUGUACACCAUGCUCGUAAGUUCAACCUUCAUGCUGCGGUUGCAAUCAGAGUCAGGAGCACAUACACCGGAGAUGAUGAUUACAUACUAGAGUUCUUUCUACCAGUAAAUUGUACAGGCACUGAAGAGCAACAACUCCUUUUAAAUAUCCUCUCAAGUAACAUGAAGAGAAUUUGUAGAAGUUUGAGAUCUGUUUCGGAUGCUGAAAAAGCAGAAGCAGAGAUAGCUGGAGUUUCAGAAGCACCAGUAUGUUCCUCAUCAACUGAUUUCUCAAUUAAGUGCUCUCAACCAGUGGACAGAAUUGAUGAAACAACUUAUAAAGUUAACUUUGGAGCUAAGGAGAUUGCAUCUGAGGAACAAAAUGGUGAUGCUCAUCAUGAAGAGUUAAAAUCAAGCUCAGUCAAACAAGUUGAGAAAAAACCCAGUACAACUGAGAGGCAUAUUAGUCUAAGUGUUCUUCAGCGAUACUUUUCUGGAAGUCUCAAGGAUGCUGCAAAGAAUAUUGGUGUUUGUCCUACGACACUCAAAAGGAUAUGCAGACAACAUGGAAUAUUAAGAUGGCCGUCUCGCAAGAUAAAUAAGGUCAAUCGUUCAUUGCAAAAAAUCCAAAGUGUAAUAAGAUCUGUACAAGGAGCGGAGGGAGCAAUAAAAUAUGAUCCUUCUACUGGCUGCCUUGUUGCGGCAGUCUCCUCUGUGGAAAACCCGGCAUCGCUAACUUUAGAGCCUAAAGGUAAAUCAGCAUCUUCUUUUCACAGCAUCGAGAAAGAACACCCCGUUGACAAAAUGGAGCCGGAUAGAUCUUCCCUUAUCAGAGAGAGUACAGUCCAGCUAAAAUGUGCUACCGAUGAAUUUGACGGGUUUUCAAAUGAUUAUAGCAGAGACUUGGACUGGACUUGUGCAGAUGGUGGGCUGGCACCGAAUGCUAGAACUCAAGCUGGCACAACUGAUCAUUCAUGUUUUGCCAUACCAAUAGGCUGCUGUGGCUCGAGGUUGGCAAACUUGGAAGGCCAGUUUGUUUCAGGAAGCUCAAGUUCAGCUAUACUUGAUAAAACUCAAAUGAACGCUGAGGCAGAUGGCGGAAACACAGAAAACAACAAUCUUUCUCCUUCUUCCAGCAUGACCGAAUCUUCCAGCGACGACAACUCAAUAAAGAACAGGAUAUUACUCUCGAAAACUUUGCCGUUUGUCACAGUGAAGGCUACUUGCAAUGAUGGCACAGUUAGAUUCAAGUACUCUCCAUCUUCAGGUAGUCACCACUUGUUUGAGGAAAUCGGAAGGAGAUUCAAAUUGUCGCGAGGGACUUUCCAGCUGAAAUACAUGGAUGAUGAGGAAGAGUGGGUGAUGUUGGAGAACGAUGCUGAUUUGGAGGAAUGCAUUGAUGUGAUGGAGAAUGUCGGCUCACGACAUAUGAAGCUACAAGUUCGAUAUGCCCCUUGUAACGUAGAUAGCUCCACCAGUAGUAACUAUCCAAAGUUGUGAAUCACAUAGAAGAAGAACAUACCUGAGAAGAAAGUACAAUACUACGUGAGCAUUUCAGUAAAGUCCUGCUUUGUUAAUAUGGUAAAUCGUCGGCAGAGUCCGAGUCCUAUUUUAGCACACACAUUUAGAUGUAGAAUCGAUAAGAAUUCUAGAGCUGUAGUUGGUUAGUAAAGUUCUUUAGGAUUUUCUUGUAUACUAUUUUUUUUUCUUUAACCUCUGUAUAUUAUCCUAAGGAAUUUACAUAUUAUUUGCUAGUGAAACUUUGUAAAUCCAAUCACUAACUUUUUUUCAA